AUGAUCUGUCGCUCCUGUCUGCGCUGGGCAUCGGCCCUCCGCCCUACUAUUCCUCUAUCCCGCAGUUUUGCUACUACAUCUGCGUUUCUCGAACCAGCAACAUCCACGCCUGGAUCACCACGAACCGCCGGUCCACCAACCGCAACAUCCACAGGGCUCGCGCAACCCUUCAGCACACCUCUCUCCCCCACUCCGAAUAGCGUUUCACUUGGUACCUUGUUACGUCCCAAGCCCACUACCACUCCUGCUGUUAUCUCAAGCUGCGUCCCGGGAACUCCUUUGAAAGGCAUCAAUUACCUAAAAGGGAGGGAUGACCCCCUUGCUAAGCCCGAUGAAGAGUAUCCAGAGUGGUUAUGGCGGUGUUUAGACGCGAAGAAGCCAACUGGAGAGGAAGAGGAGGAUGCUAAUGCUGGAGAUAUGUUCUCCAAAUCCAAAAAGCUCCGACGGAAAGCUGCGAAGCGCCAACGUAAACUGGAGGCUGAGCUUCUGGCAUCCGGCAAUCUUGAUGCGCUGGCCCCCAAAAUCCCAAUUACCCAGCAGUCGAUCGAUUUACCUGCAAAUGAGGAGGGUACGACGGAGGGUGCGAUGGAGGCCGUGAACACCCGGGAGGAUAUCAGGAAAGCUAUGAGAAGAGAGAGGCGGAAGGCGAUCAAAGAGAAGAAUUACUUGAAGACUAUGUAA